UUCAGUAGAGCACCAGACCUCUACCCUCACGGAGCCGUUGAUCCGCGUCUGCGGGCACCCGUCAGCGGCUGGGCGCUGCCAUCGAGGCCGGACGGAGCGGGCCUCGGCGCCUCCCUCAUGAGCUGUCUAUAGAAAGGAAUUCCCUUCGGGCGGAGUUGUCCGAGUUGAUUUCGAUGAGUAUAGAUAGUUUCAAGGAUGGCGGCUUGACUGAUGUCUUAGCCCCGGGUCAGGCAUCUGACACAGAAUUUAAAAUGUCGGAAGACAUACAUGAUGGCACCUCCCCAUCUGAAGAAAAACCUGAAGUGGUGGCAAUGCCCAGCAGUGAGAUAUUGCCUCUGGAGUCAGUACCACACCAUGUGGAAGCUGAGAUCUUGCCUGAAUCUUCACAAGAUGAACAUGGACCGGCCACCCAGAGUGCCAGUAAUAGACAGGAAGGAAAUGUAUUUAUUAAUGAAAACCUUUUGACUGAAAAAAUACCUGAAAAUCUACCUUCUAAUGGAGAGGCAACCGAAGACAUGCCCACUGAGUGCAAUGACACUGUAAACCUUGAUGCAGAACCUGAAUCUGAUGAAACACUACAUGAACAAAAUAGUCCAGCCACAGACUCCUCAUCUAAAACAAGUAGAUGGGGAGCUUGGGGUACCUGGGGAAAAUCUCUCCUGUCAUCGGCUUCUGCCACAGUGGGUCAUGGGAUAACAGCAGUGAAGGAAAAAGCAGGAACUACUCUGGGAAUUCAUAACGCAAGUUCAACAUCUUCAGGAGCAGCAGAGCCUCCUCCAGCUGAAACACCAAUUACACAAGCAGAAGAUCCUCUAGACCAAAGUUCUGAUGAGAAUAUUCCUUCUUCCCCUUCAUCUGGAUCUCGUGGCAUGUUGUCAGCCAUCACUAAUGCUGUACAGAACACAGGGAAAAGUGUGUUAUCUGGAGGCUUAGAUGCUUUGGAAUUUAUUGGGAAGACAACCAUGAAUGUCCUUGCAGAAAGCGAUCCUGGGUUUAAGAGAACCAAAACACUGAUGGCAAGAACAGUUUCUCUCUCUCAGCUGUUGCGAGAAGCCAAGGAAAAAGAGAAACAGCGGCGGGCCCAGCAAGUAACCGUUGAAAGAACAGCACACUAUGGACUACUUUUUGAUGAGUUCCAAGGUUUGUCUCAUCUUGAAGCUCUGGAAAUCCUGUCAAAUGAAAGUGAAGCUCAGAUUCAGUCAUAUUUAGCAACACUUGCUGGAGAGCAGCUGGUGUCUGUGAAAAAUGAUUUAAUUGCUAUUAAAGAGAUAUUUCUUCCAAACGAAUCAGAUGAAGAAGUGGUGCAGGCACAGAAAGCAGAUAUGGGGGAAGAGUUUGUCAGCAUGCUCACUGAACUGCUGUUUGAAUUGCACGUUGCUGCUACUCCUGACAAGCUUAAUAAGGCCAGGAAAAAAGCUCAUGACUGGCUGGAAGAAGCCAAUUUUUCCACCCCAGUAGACAUGGAAGAAAAGCUAAAAGACAAACCUGGAGAACCUGGUGAAGAGAAGACUGAAAAAGAAAAUAAAAAUGAUGGUGAUAAACCAGAAGUAAAUAAAAACAGAACAGUGGAGGAAAUCUACAUGUUGUCCAUUGAAAGUCUGGCUGAGGUAACUGCUCGUUGUAUUGAACAGCUACAUAAAGUAGCAGAAUUAAUUCUACAUGGACAAGAAGUAGAAAAAACAGCUGAAGAUCAAGCAAAAGUACUGACAAGUUUAACAACUGCCAUGUGCAAUGAAGUUUCAUGUUUAUCAAAGAAGUUUUCUGAUUCUUUAACAGCAGCUGGGAGCAGUAUGAAGGCAGAGGUUCUUAACCCCAUCGUUAACUCUGUGCUAUUAGAGGGUUGCAACAGCACUACUUACAUUCAGGAUGCUUUCCAGCUAUUGCUUCCUGUCCUGCAAAUUUCACAUAUCCAGAGCAGUGGUUUGAAAGCCCAGGAGUGAUGGUUUCCCGGCAGCUGGCGCCACGGGGCUCGGCAGAAACCACGUACCUGAUGUCUGUGGCGUGUGUGCGGGGAAGGG